UAUUUUAAUAGCUCCGCAGUGAAUAUCGAGGAAACCGAAAGUAGAAUUGUACAAUGGCAGACUUGGCCGAACCAGGGAUUGUGGAAUGGUAUGGAGGUGGAGAGCGGCCUGGACAUCGCUGUGGCUACUGUAAAAACCCCAGUGGCAAUGUUUCUGACGGAAUGUGGGCACACAGAUUGGCAGUACAGGAUUAUCAAGAUCUGAUAGACCGGGGAUGGAGAAGAAGUGGUAAAUAUUGCUACAAGCCCAAAAUGGACAUAAUGUGCUGCCCUCACUACACCAUCAAACAGGAAGUCCUCAACUUCAAAAUCAGCAAAUCUCACAAGAAAAUCAUCAAACAAUUCAAUAGGUUUAUCAUCCAUGGAAAGAAAAGGGGGGAGCAUGAUACUGCAGAGGAAGCUGGAGAUAGACCGAAAACAGAAGAACCCAUGGGAGGGGGUGGGGCAGAGGGCAGGACUAAGGAAGAGGCAGCUGACAAUCAAAAUUCACAAGAAACUGAUAAAGUGAUGGAGACGGACAGAAACAAGAAAACACCAAAACCUGGUCUUGGUGCUGAUCCCACAAAACCCAAAUGUAAGAAAGCAAAAGAACUGAGGAAGGAGAGAAAACUGGCAAAACAGACUGACAAACCACAACCAGAAAAACCGCAAGAACAGCUACCACCCAAACAGACGAAAUCAGGGGAGAAGACUCUUGAAGAUUUAUUGAAUGAACCAGACAAGGUCGAGAACUGUGCUCACAAACUGGAGAUGAAGUUGGUGAGGGUUAAUCCUCCAACUCGAGAGUUCAAGGACACUCAAAAAGAGUCAUACAGUGUGUUCAAGAAAUAUCAGAUGGGGAUCCACAAAGAAGAGGAAUGGGACUGCUCAGAGGAGCAGUUUGAUCAGUUCCUGUGUGAGGGCCCUCUGCAGGAGGAGCACAGAGAGGGGGGGCUACCAAUGGGGUAUGGAUCAUUCCACCAGCAGUACUGGCUGGACGGUCAGAUUAUCGCUGUAGGAGUCAUAGACAUCCUCCCAAACUGUGUGUCCUCAGUGUACCUUUAUUACGACCCAGACUACGAUUUCCUCAGCCUUGGGACAUACUCAGCUCUCAGGGAGAUUGCAUUUGUGCGUGAAUUGAACAAGAAAGCCCCGGACCUGAUCUACUAUUACAUGGGGUUCUACAUUCACUCAUGUCCCAAAAUGAGAUACAAGGGUCAGUACUUUCCGUCCUUUUUGCUUUGUCCUGAGGUGUACUCCUGGCAUCCUAUAGAAGAAUGUGUACCCAAACUGGACGAAAGCAAAUACUCCAGAUUUGCAGAGUCUGGGAAAGAAGAUGAAGAUGGAAACCUGGAACUGGAUGAAGUGAUGGUCUUACACAGAAGAAUGAUGAUGUCAUACGGACAAUACAAACAGCUCAACCCUCAAAGGAAGGAGUCCCAGGACACGGCUGUCAGGAAAUACGCAGGAUUUGUGGGACAGGACUGUGCCAGGCGGAUGUUACUGUAUAGAGAUUAGAGUUAUUUAUAAAGAUCUCACUGUUCUUCACAGCAUAGUGUUUUAAAGUAUGUUCUUGUACAGAAUGCAGAAACCACACUGAAAUGUUUAUUUUUGUUAAUUUGUUAGGUAUGAAUCAUUGAUGCUGUAGACCAGUGAUAUUCAUAGUGAAGCCUGUUAGUUUUAACCCUGUUACUUGUGUAGUAGUAGAUUACAUGCAGCAAAUUAAGUUAGUAUAUGCAUGUGGUUCAUCAUUUGCUUUUGGACGCUUUACUAGAGCAGUCAGGGAAAAAGACCGAAAACAAUUUUUAAAAAUCAAAAUAUAUGCAAGUAUAUAGCUCUAUUCAAAGAAUACAAUUUAGGGAGAUAAAAAAAGAAUCUGCCAUUCAUACUUAAAAAUCACCGAAAAUGUUAAACUUUACAUAUCUUUGGUUUGUCCUGGAUAUGAGCCAAAGAGUGAAGAAAGAGCCAUGUAUAUGUAGUAAACCAAGUUUAAAUAGAUCGGAUUCACUCACAAUUUUUACUGCUAAUUAAAGAUUUUACUAACAGAAGUCAUACUGAUUACCAUGGAUAAUUUAUAUCACAUUUAUCAUUUAUGUGCAAUAAUCAUUGUCAAAAAUUUCAUAAAUCUUAUGAAAGCGAAAU